CCAUCUGGUCACACUAUACCAAAGCACUGCCCAAAAAGUCAACAUAAAAUUCCAUCUCCGCCCGCGCACAUUAGUUUUGUUUUUAAUUAACCGCGAUGGGGGACAGUUCGGAUGAGGAAUACCUGGGCACGGAAUGGAUGCCAUAUAGCGAACGCUCCGACUGGAAGGAUGUGGAGCCACUGGCCCAGGACGACGGCGUCAAUCCGGUGGUGUCCAUUGCCUACAGUCAAAAGUUUCGCGAAGUUUUCGACUACAUGAGGGCCGUGAUUGCUCGGGGGGAGAAGAGCCAGCGUGCCUUGGACCUCACCACGGAUGCACUGCGUCUCAAUCCGGCCAACUACACGGUUUGGCAGUACCGACGCGACAUCCUGCGCGAACUGAAGGCUGAUUUAAAUGCCGAACUCGAUUACCUCAGCGAGGUGAUCGGCCAAAACUCGAAAAACUACCAGGUGUGGCACCAUCGUCGCGUCAUCGUCGAGAUGCUGAACGAUCCCAGCAACGAGCUGGAGCUCACGGAGAACGCCCUGGUCAACGAUGGCGACGCCAAGAACUACCACGCCUGGCAGCAUCGCCAGUGGGCCAUACGCAGCUUCAAACUCUAUGACGACGAGCUGAGCUUUGUGGAUCGUCUGAUUUGCGAGGAUCAGCGCAACAAUUCGGCCUGGAAUCAGCGAUUCUUUGUGAUCAAGUACUUUGGUUUCACGCCGGAUUUGAUCCAGCGGGAACUGUCGUACACGAUGAACCGCAUUCGCAUAAUCAAGAACAACGAAAGUGCCUGGAACUAUUUGGUGGGUGUGCUGCGGCAGGGCGACAAUGGCAAAGGACAGCUGAACAGCUACCCUGAGGUGGUGGAGUUCGUGGAGGAGCUCUACCAGGCCGGCAACCGAUCCCCCUAUCUGGUGGCCUUCCUCAUCGAUCUGUACCAGGAGCAGGCACUCCAGUUAAAGGUCGGCGAUAGCGAUCAGUUGGCCCGUAAGGUAUACGGCCUAUGCGAGGACAUGGCCAGCAAACACGAUACAAUCCGUCGGAAGUACUGGCAUUAUGUGGCCACCCAUCUGAAGAACCAGCUAAGCGAAGUCGAGGAGAAGCACCAGCAGCAGUAGUACAGGUCAAAAAUUCUUGUUUGCUUAGUUUUAAACAACUUUACGACGUACUUAGGCCUUCUUUAUACAUAAAUAAAAUUACAUUUACCAGUA